AUGGGUAUUGCUAAAGCCGCCGACCCCGCCAUCCUCGAGGGAAUUGAGGCUACAGAGGCCCAGCCCCUUAUGGACAAGACCUCCUCUGAGAAGAUUUACCAAGGCUAUUGCUCCGCUGGCAAACAGCGAUGCAACUUUUGUGAUGAGCGUGGGAAGCUUUUAUGGACAAGAUGCGGACAAGAGCACAUUGAAGACUGGCCACUGGUGUAG